AUGGUGAAAAGUACUACAGAAGAUUACGUUAAAUCCAGUGAAAGAGCGAGAAGUAGCAGAAGUGCCAGAACUGGGAGUAGUACUAGACUUCAGGUCCCUCUACACUUCGUGGUCCACAAGCCAGGAUGUCACUUCGAGAGCUGCUGUGGUAUUUGCAACCUAUUUCCAGGGGUACUGUUGAUAGCGUUCUGCCAAGUACUGAUUGGAUCAAUUCUUCUAACAUUAAUUCUAACACACGGACGCGCGUAUGAUGAAAUGCAUAAAACACCCACGACACAGUUUAUUAGCGCAGCAACAGGAAUCGUGUUAAGUGGCAUCACUGGAGCAGGCAUGCUUCUGAUCAUAGUUGCUUUGACUGAAAACUGCAGAGCCAUGCUUGUCUACCUGCUUGUUGCUGCUAUUGUUUGGAUGGGCCUCGUAACAUUAGCUGUUACUAAGAUUGGUCGAGCUUGCAUUCGAUUUAAAGACGCACCAAAAAUUAAAGAUGAAGAUCACAGAAGUGCGAAUUUGGCUUGCGUUACUGGACUAUUUACAUUCCUUGGGUCUGUGUUUUACUUCUUUUCACUUGUGGUUGUAUUCAGUUUUUACCACUUCCGAUACGUUCGGCGAGCGAUUCUGCUGCACGAAAAUGAAUGUUGA